AGGUGAGAUAAUAAAGUGGGCAACUGAGAAGUGGUAAAAUCUUGCUGCUGAGAGAGAGAGAGAGAGAGAGAGAGAGAGAGGGGGAGAAGAAAGAGAAAGACUCUCUGCAAGUCUCUCUGAGAUUCUCUCUAUAUAUCAUCUAUCUAUUCUAGGGUUUCUUCAAAUUCUUGGAAAAUCUUUUCCCACGCUUUCCCGAGAAACAAACUGGAAUAGAAGCAAGAAAAAGAAAAUAGAAAAACCAUUGCAAAAUCGGACCAAGGGACAAGGACUUAAAAAGACCAAGCUCCAAACUUGAACAAAGACAGAACCAGAAAUCUCUAGACCAUUCAUUCAUUCUUUUUCUUUUUUUCUUUUUUUGUUUUUCUCCAUUGCUACAAUGCUUGGUAUUGGACACUGUUGCUAAAAGGGUCGGCUUCAUUUCCUUUGCAUUCUUCUGAAAAACCCUAGCUUUUUUGAGAUGGAGAGGUCUAGAUCUAAGAGGAACUACUACUAUGACCAAGAUUAUGAUUCGGAGACAGUAGGUAGGACCAGACCACGGUACAAUCACCACUACGGGACCAAUAAUCAUCGCCACCGUGGCAACGGUGGUGGUGGUGGAGGAGGAGGACGACCCUCUAAGCCCCAGCAAGACCCAAAUCUUAUGGUGACCACCAGUUACCGAAUCCUCUGUCACGACAUGAAAGCAGGUGGUGUAAUCGGCAAGUCCGGUAGCAUCAUAAAGUCGAUUCGCCAGCACACCGGCGCGUGGAUCAACGUGCACGAGCUGAUCCCCGGCGAUGAGGAGCGAAUCAUUGAGAUUUCCGAUACCCGGCGGCGAGACCCGGAGGGUCGAAUGCCGGCAUUCUCGCCGGCACAAGAAGCCCUGUUAUUGAUCCACCAGAGGAUACUUGACAGUGAUGCUGCUGGUGGUGGUGGAGGAGGAGAGGAGGAGGAAGAGUACGGUGGUGGGAUAAGAGGUGGAGGAGGUGGUGGUGGGAACAGAGUGGCGACUAGGCUUGUUGUUUCGAGAAUGCAUGUUGGGUGUUUGCUUGGGAAAGGAGGGAAGAUAAUUGAGCAAAUGAGGGUUGAGACAAAGACCCAGAUUAGGAUUUUGCCUAGAGAUCAUAACCUGCCUCGCUGUGUUUCAAUGUCGGAGGAGAUUGUUCAGGUUGUAGGUGAUGUAAUUGCUGUAAAGAAUGCAAUAAAUGUGAUUUCAGCACGCUUGAGGGAGAGUCAGCAUCGUGACCGUAGUCAUUUCCAUGGGCGUGUACAUUCACCAGAACGUUUUUUUCCUCCUGAUGAUGAUUACCUUCCUCAAAUGAACAAUAAUGCACGAAGGUCACCUAUGGAUAGUGCUGCUUUUGGAUCACGAGUACUUACCACCAACAUAAGAAGCAACAAUUAUGCAUCACGUUCAUCUAGUUUUACAAAUGAACCUGGUUCUUCUUCCUUAGGUGAAAGCAUGCAGCCAUUUUAUGGUGAGGACCUUGUGUUCCGAAUACUUUGUCCAAUUGACAAGGUUGAUAGUGUUGUUGGAGAGUCUGAUGGAAUUAUAGAUCUCCUUCGAAAUGAAAUUGGUGUGGAUGUAAAGGUUACUGAUACUGUGGCUGGUUCAGAUGAACAGAUAAUUAUCAUAUCUUCUGAGGAGGGUCCCGAUGAUGAGCUGUUUCCUGCUCAAGAAGCUCUAUUGCAUAUCCAAACUCGUAUUGUUGAUCUUGCCCCAGAUAAAGACAACUUUAUAACUACUAGAUUACUUGUCCCAUCUAGUGAUAUUGGGUGUCUAGAGGGAAGAGAUGGAUCAUUGUCAGAGAUGAGGAGGUUAACUGGUGCAAAUAUACAUAUUCUGCCAAGAGAAGAACUUCCAACCUUCAUAUCAGCAAAUGAUGAAGUUGUACAGAUAGUAGGGGAGAUAAAAGCAGCUCGAGAUGCUCUUGUUGAAGUGACAUCUAGACUACGAAGUUACAUGUAUAGGGAUUUCUUUCAGAAUGAUGCAGCACCAUCUUCUGUUUCUGUAUCGAGUGGAAUGGGCAAUGCUCUUGGAUGGGAGACCUCCUCUCCUAGAAGUGUAACUCCUGGUCGUGAUGGUUAUACCGGAAGUGAUCCUCCUAUAGAAACCUAUCAUAAUGCACAUACUGUGGCAACAACUCAGGCAUCAAAGGACACUGGAGGAACAGGUAGUGAAAUAACAAAGCAGAAUGAAAAUGAUCGGCGUGAAGAUGUGCCAAGUGCAUUGAAUAGAAUCCCUGUGCCACUUGUGACUAGAAGCACACUCGAAGUUGUCAUACCGGAGCCUGCAGUUCCAAAGCUUAUAACAAAAUCAAAAAACAAGCUCGCACAGAUCAGUGAGUUAUCAGGAGCGAAUGUAACCCUGGUGGAUGACAGACCAGAGUCCACACAAAAGGUCAUUCAGAUAUCAGGAACUCCUGAGCAGGCAGAGAGAGCUCAGAGCUUGCUCCAAGGCUUCAUUUUAAGCACUCAAGAAGAUGGCCCGUAGGUUGGUAAGAGCUCCAUCCACACUUUCAAAAAGCUGCUGGGCCUAGUGCUGCGUGGGUGCCAUUGAAUUUUCACCGGUAACGUAUGAUGAUAUGAUUUUCCAUUUCUAAAAAAAAAAAAAAAAAAAAAAAUGUAUGAACCUAGAGAGAGGUAGAAGAGAUUUUAUAUUUCUUGGUUUUGGGGCACAAGAAUAGCUUGUAUGAAUGUAUCCCGCUGUAAAUUCAUUUAUGCAUUUCGGUUUCUGUUUUCUGCGAUGUUCCAAUUUUUCCUUUUUGUGUAACCAUGACGCAACCCAGAAAAUGAAAAAAACAGGAUUUUUUGUUUUACAUA